AUGGGCGUCCCCCAGGGCUCGGUGCUAAGCCCAUUUCUCUUUAACACAGCCCUGGCGGGACUCCCCGCAGCCAUACCGGCAAACCCAAGGUUCCCAACACAGUGUGCCAUCUAUGCAGACGACGUGGCUCUGUGGGCACAUGGACCGAGGCGCAAACUGCAGUCCAUCCGGACAUCUCUGCAGCAAUCCCUGGAUGCGGUGGCCUCCUACUUCCGGGGCAUUGGACUCCUACUCUCGCCUGCCAAGACAGAGGCUCUGCUGGUGCACCCAUCGGCUGCUGCUCGGGUCACUGUCGGGAGGCUGGUGCUGGGAGGCACUCCAAUCCCAUGGAAGAAGGAGGUCACUUAUCUUGGGCUCCAGGUGGACCAUCGACUGACGUGGAUACCUGCUGCCAAGGCCGCCACCACCAAGGCACGCCGCGUAAAAUCGGCAGUUGGACGGCUCCUCCAGCGAGGCAAGGGCUGCACCACCCGAUGGGCCAUCCGGCUGUACCAGGCUGCUGCCACCUCCGUGCUCCUAUAUGCGCUCCCGUUGGCCAAGCUAACGCCGACCCGCAAGCAGCAGCUGGAGAUGGAACACCGGAUGGCCAUCAGGUCGCUCUUGGGCUUGCCACGAAACUCACCCGUGGCUGCCUCCCUGGCAGAAGCCCAGACCUGGCCGCUCCUGCUGCUCAUGCUUCGACAGGGGCUCCUGCACAUGGUCCGGCUCCACCACACUCCAGAUGGCGACGCCCUGGUGCGCAGACUGCGGAGCCAUCCCUCCUCCCGGAUGGGCAGCAUCUGUGCACUUUAUGACGAGCUGGUUGGGUACUCGCCCACCGCGGUGAAGCCACCACCCCCCCACCAGCAGCCACUCGAGAUCCACCUCACGCUGGAGCGCAAGCGGAAACGCAGAACACCCAGGUGCGAGCUGGAACAGGCAGCGCUGUCCAAGCUACACGAUCUUGGCGGGCACCUGCAAGUGUACACGGACGGAUCUGUCUUCCCCUCCAGCGGCUCGGAAACGGCAGCCUGCGUGAUCCCCGCAACGGGCCAGAUCCUGCAGUGCCGCCUUCCAUUCGCGGCGAGCUCCACUGCAGCAGAGCUAGCCGGCCUACACCUGGCAGCUGACUACCUCGCUGCCCACCCUCCGCAGGUCCCAGUGGCCAUCCUCACAGACUCCCGUCCAGCUCUCCAGGGUCUGCUCCAACCAGACCGAGCAGGCAUCACAGUGGCCCUGCUGCUGGCAAAGCUGACAGCACUGCACAGGAGCGGCAUCCCCCUCUCACUCCACUGGCUCCCGUCCCACGCAGGCAUAGCGGGAAAUGAAGAGGCAGAUGCCGCAGCCAAAGCAGCCCAUCACGAGCCGGUCCAGGUGAGCACGGCAGUGGCAGCGGGGGACUUCACGCGUCACCGGCUGCUGAAACUGCUCACCGCUGCACACCCGGACAAGCGCGUGGCCAGCGGACAACCUCCGCGACCACUCCCCGACACCGGCCUCAACAGGCAAGAACGAACCCUCCUCCUGCGCCUCAGGACGGGGAGCGCAUGGCCAGCCGCUCGCAAGUUCAGCGUGGGGCGAGUCUCAUCCCCGGCCUGCAGGAAAUGCGGCUCCCCAGAGACCCUGGAGCAUAUCGUAUGCCACUGUCAAGCCCUCGCGACCCCUAGGCACGCGAUGACAGUGGCAUAUCACAGCCUUGGCCUUCCAGCCACCUCAUUGGAAGACUUCCUCUUCCCCCGCCAUAGUCCUGUCACAGCUUUGCAAUCCUUCUUGGAGUUUGCCGCUGUGGCAGGACUUGCCUUCCUGUAG